GGAUUCUAGCUGAAUCUUGUGGUUGUCUUUAUGUCAUACAUGCCAAUUUGCUCUUGUUUUUAUCUAAGAACAUCCAAAAAGAUUGAUAACGAUAUAUCUGAAAAGUUUUUGUUGAAAAGAUCAAGUAGCUCUACUUAAAUUCGAUUCAAAUGGAAAGAACAAUAGUUGAGCCUUUUCCUUUUAUUUUUGAUUCCGUAGAGAAUCCGCUCAUGCUUUUGACCAUUGAUGGUAUGCCAGGAUGUUAUGUUAAUUGACCGUUCAGCUUUCUUCGGUGACUCUGAUGACGACGAGCCUGAUGAGCAUGAAGAUAUGCGUCUUGAUGUGGACAAUAUGUCCUAUGAGCAACUGCUGGCUCUGGAGGAGCGAAUGGGGAAUGUUUCCACUGGAUUAAGUGAGGAUGCUAUUGUGGCAAAUCUGAAGCGGUGGAAGUAUCAAACAGUUGCAGGAGGAUCUAGCAGUGAAGAUGAACCAUGCUGCAUCUGUCAGGAGGAAUAUGCUGAUGAAGAUGAUCUGGGGAAGCUGAAAUGUGGGCAUGACUUUCACUUCAACUGCAUUAAGAAGUGGCUCGUUCAGAAGAAUAAUUGUCCCAUCUGCAAAAAGCCAGCCGUGGAUGUUUGAGAUCGCCAGUCUCGGCUGUGGACAAUCGUCCUUGCCCAUGGACGAUUGUUCUCACUCAUUCGCUGACAUCUUCUUCCUUUUCUUAUAGAACUGUUAUCAAUUACUGCAACAAGCAGGCUCAUGAGAUGCCCCAGUGACUCAUGCUUUACUCUUGUGGUAUUUUAUUUGAGUUUAUCGUACAUGUUCCUCAGGCCUGGUCCUCAGACCUGAGUUGACAGGGCACACACUCCUGAUACAAGAAGGUGCAGUAUAGCAUCCGAUUUUCAAGCGUCUCAUUUCCAAUUCGAUUAGCUGCUUGUUCAUGGAUGCUGGAAGCAGCAUUUUGAGACUUUUUUUGGCAUAUCAGGUUAUAGAUACACAAAUGGAACUCAGCCAUGAAGAACUGAGCAUCGCUAUGGCUCCAUUUUGAAAGUUUUAAAGUUCACAGAUUCAAAUACUGGAAUGAAAACAUUAAUUUAAACUGUUUCUCAUUGAUCUUGUAGCUCAGCAGCUCAAGUAGCUCUGACAUACUCUGUUUUUUAAGGUCUCAAAUUUGAACCUUUUCUUUAGUUAAAAAAUAAAAAUCAUCCGUUAAAUA